AUGGGAUCUACACGAGCAACGAGUGAAGAUGACAAGGCUCUUGUCUUGUGCCAGGAAAGAAAACGUUAUGUGAAAGAAGCACUUGAUGGGAGAUGUGCAUUUGCAGCUGCUCACUUUGCGUAUAUUCAGUCGCUGAGGCACACAGGAUUUGCUCUGAGAAAAUUUGUAGAACCUGAAGUGCCAACAGACUCUUCAUUAUACACAUCAACAUCUGCAACACCAGAGCCUCCUGGCAUGAGGCAUAGAUCGAUGAACCUCUCCCCAUCUGUAUCACAUCCGGCCAGUGACUCCUUCUCCCCAGCUCCGUCCCCGUUAUCUUCAGGGCGUUUCCAUGUCAAUCAUAUGAAAGCCGGGAGGAACCCAGCGAGGACUGUUGAGGAAAAGGUGCCUGUUCCUGUAACAGCAACUCUGGAGACUUCAUCCUCAGUUCCCAUUCAAACUGUACAUGAUCUGGAUGAUAGUUCUACAUUUGAAGCUCCUCCAGGGACACCACCAUGGGACUACUUUGGCCUUUUUCAACCUGUUGAGAGCCAGUUGUCAUUUCAUGAUGAGAAGGAAUCUGGUCAUGAUUUUGAAAAUGCUGAUGAUAUUAGGCGCCUUCGGGAGAAGGAAGGAAUUCCAGAGCUUGAGGAGGAAUUGGAGAAGUCGCAUGCUCAUGCUGGUGAUGUUAGGCUCUCGCAACAGGAGAAAACUCCAGAUGUCAGAGAUGGGGAGCAAUCUACUAUGAGUGGAAGGGAGGAUGAUUUUGCAGACUCAGAAGAUGAUUUUGAGAACCCGUCUUCUGAACCUUUAGUGCGGAUGUUCAAGAACCGCAAUGAUACACCUGUUGAAAAUAUUGUAACAGAUCAGUCACCUGCACAUCUUGCUGCAGAUAAGGUUGUCUCAAAAAAUUUGGUAGAUAAGGUUGCCUUGGAAAAUAUUGCAGAUAAGGUUGCCUUGGAAAAUAUUCAUUCCAAAACGGAGGAGCCGAAAAGUGACAACAAGGUACUUGAGCCAAAAAGUGACAAUAGGGUACUUGACAUUAGCAUGUAUGAAACUGAUGAAACCCCUGUGACGAGCCCUGUGAAAGAAGUGGCAUCUUCGGUUGCCGCUCAUCCUAUAAACGGGAAAUCGAAGGAACCUUUUCGUGAUGUUAGAAAUGGGGUAACGGACCUGUCUACAUCCAUGAAAGAGGUUGAAAUCUUAUUUAUCAAGGCAUCUGAUUCUGGCAAAGAAGUCCCGAGGAUGCUUGAAGCGGAUAAAGUCAAUUUCCGCCCUUUGCUAACCGAAGAAAGAGCACGUGGAUUAAAGGCACCAGGCUUUUUUGCAACACUCUUUGCUUGCUGCAGGGAGCAAGUCCCUGUUCCUCAGCCUCCACCACAAGCCGACAUGAAGCAUCUUACCUGGCAUAGAUCAGUGUCUUCGCACUCUUCGUCAUCAAGAAAUCCUCUUGGGGCAGCAUCGAAAGUUGAUGUCGAUGGUCUCACUGGAAAUAUCUUUAGUGGUGUAUACAUGAAUUCUGGCAGUCACGCUUCCACACUGGAUAGAUUGUAUGCAUGGGAGAGAAAGCUCUGUGAUGAAGUUAAGGCUAGCAGUACAAUUUGCAGGCAGUAUGAUGAGAAAUGUAGGUACCUGAGAAACCAGGAAUCAAGAGGAGAAAGCCAAAUGAGUGUUGACAGAACCCGUGCUGUUGUGAAGGAUUUGUACUCCAGAAUUUGUGUGGCCAUUCAGAGAAUUGACAUGAUUUCCAAGAACAUAGAGGAUCUGAGGGACAAAGAGCUUCAACCGCAGCUUGAAGAAUUAAUUGGAAGCUUAACUCGCAUGUGGGAAACAAUGCUCGAGUGUCACCGGCAUCAACACGAGAUUAUUAAGCUAGUAUCCAACAGUGGCGGUAUAAAGGUCUUAAUCCGGUCGGAAUCACAGUUCCAAGCAACUCUACUCCUUCAGGUUGAACUAAAGUCACUAUUUUCAAACUUCCAGAGAUGGAUAGUAUCCCAUAGAUCUUACUUGAAUAGCCUACAGUCAUGGUUACUGAAGUGUGUGAAAUCACUAAGGACGAAGAAAAAAUCUAGAAAGAAGAAGGAUACCAAUUUUCAAAUAACAAAUUUUGCUGUUGCACCCAUAUUUACAAUCUGUGAGCAGUGGAUUCAGUUACUGGACGAGUUGCCAAUCGAAGACUUGGAAGGUGGCAUUAAAGGUCUCCUUGCAGAUAUAAACCAUUGUAUGCCUCGUCAAGAGAAGAGGCGUGGUGGUUCAAGGUCUACAUUCGCAAUACCUAAUGGAGGGUUGAAUGAUGAAAUGAGGGGAAUCCAUAGAAAUGACGCUCAUACGGAUUUACAGUCGAGCCUGGAGAGCUUCCUAGGGAAGCUUGAAUUCUUCUCAGAUGUUUCAGUGCACAAAUAUGGUGAACUCAAGAAAAAAGUUAAUACGGCAAAGGAGAAAUAUGAGCAACAGAACAAGCAAAUCGGUUGCACUAAUUUCUGGAGUGAAACAUAA